AGGGCAAAGAGAAGGUUGAAUUUUUCGGUAGAAACGAAAUCGUCAUUAAUAAAAUUAAUAUAAAGUUGAGUGACACAAAAGUACACGGUUCCGGGGGCUUGACCAUAUACAUCAGGUAACAAAUGGUAUGACGGAAACAUAACACGCUCCUUGUAAUAUAAAUAUAUCUGUGGAGUUUUGACAAAACAACCUAACUCGAGAUCGGACAAUUUUCCACUUUUUCAACCAUAUGUAUAAGUUUUAAAAGCGCCUCUUUCUGUCUUAUCAGCGUGUUUCUAGAUAGUGUAGAUCGGAAGAUAUAGAAGCCCCCAAAUCAACCUAUCUCGCAAUUUUUACAAGCUGCUUUUGACAAAAGAACCCAUAUCGAAAUAUGCUGCAGGGCACAAAGGAAAAUAUCAUAACAUAAUAUUGACAAAAGAACCUAUUUGAAUAUGGGUUUCCAAUAGUUUUCUAAAAUUAUUUUGACAAAACAACCUAUUUGCACUCACGUUCUUUUAUCAAAUGGAUAAACGAAAAGAAUACAAUCCCUUCUAAAGUUAAGUUGUUUUAAUAGCCAUUUCAUCAUUAGCAUUCACUGUGACAAAACAACCUAUAUUAACAUGAGUGCUUUAGUGUAGUGGGAAUUAACGAAAUAAGAGGAACCUAUAUCAAAUCAAGUGCUUUUGUCGUGUGCAUGUGUAACAAAUUAAGACGUUUUUAAUGAAAAUAAGUUGUUUCCUAAUAUGGAAAAACAUAAACAAUGCACAGAGGAAGACAAAAAACAAAGGUUCCAUAGUUUUGGAGGAGCAUUGACUCUCUCGCAAGUGAAUACAUUGACUACAAGAAUUAUAGAUAUACAAGAUUACGACAAUUAUCAGCUGUUUUGAAGGUACCUACGUCACGGCUCCAAAGAGUUUGUCAAUUUGUAUGGAAUUUUCAAUGAUUUUAGAAUUUUUAUACUUUCACUGCAAAAAUACACCUUUGUUCAACUGCCGAUACUUAACGAAUCCAAGUAAGCCAUUUGUGAAAACUCACACUAUCAAUGACAGAUAUGUCAGUUACGACAAAAUGAAUAGUACUCUCUUUCUGUUUUUCAUUCAAGUUGUGUUUAAAUUAAAUUAAAUAAAAUGUCCCACACAAGUGCCCAAGAUAUUGAUGAAGAGAUUGAUAUUGAUAAAGAUCCUUUCCAUGAAUCUGAUUUUGAUGACUCCGAUUUUGUCCCGGAGACGGAUUCCGAUCUUAACACCACUACGCAGGAAAUGGCUCCAGAUAUUGAGUCCAAUGUAAGUAAUUGGGAUUUCACCGAAAUUGAUGAAACCCAACUAUUCGAACUUCCAACCACAUCAGCAGUUAAAAAUAAGAACAGGCGUAAAAAAAACUUAGGAAAAGAAUAUGUGACCAAUAAAAAGAAAAUCGUCCCUGCUAAAAAAAAUUAAAGCACUUUCAAAAUGCAGAAGGUUGUGUAAUACUCACCUAAAUUUUGAGGAGCAAAAGAUGAUUUUUAAACUGUACUGGAACUUGGGUGAUUACAACAAACGACGGCAAUAUCUUUCAGGCUUAAUUGAUGUUGAAUUUAAGAAAACGCAUACAAUUAAUAACGUUGGAUAUCGACAAUAUAACUAUUUGUAUAAUUGUGAAAUUAACGGUCAAAGGAGAAGAGUAUGUAAGCAAUGUUUUAUGAAAAUAUAUGCCGAAACUGCUCAAAGUAUUAAAACUGUUACUAAGUGUAAAGUUAAAGAAAGCUCCGUUGAAAUUGUUCAGUGCGAUAAAAGAGGAAAAAAUUUUCCAGAACUCAAACUGUCGACGGAAAAGUACCAGGAAGUUUUAGAUCAUAUUAAUAGUUUUCCAAAAUAUGUGAGCCAUUACAGCCGUCGUCAUACAAAACAACUAUAUCUUCAGUGUAAUUUAAGCAUGGCAGAAUUAUACAGAUUAUACACAAACAAAUUUUCUCAACCUGUUUCGUUGUCAACAUAUCGAGAAAUAUUUCAGAAGCUGGACAUUAAGUUUAAAAAGCCGCAUAUUGAUGUAUGCAACAAGUGUGAGACUUUAAGAAUAGAUAUUAAAAAUGCAUUAACUGAGGAUGAAUAGCAAUGCUUAAAUUAAAACAACAAAAUCAUCACGACGAGGCAGACAUGGCAUAUGAAUCUAAAAAACAUGAUAAAGAACUGUCUUCGAAGGACAAAUCUAUCAAAAUGUAUACUUUUGAUCUGCAGCAAUGUUUGCCAACACCACACUUAAAUGCGGCAAUGUUCUUCUACAAACGACCAUUGUGGACAUUUAAUUUUACGAUGCAUGACGGAGCAACAAACAGAGCGAAUUGUUAUAUAUGUCCAGGGCAAAACCGAAAUUCUUAUAUUUUCGCCAUGUUUGAAAAGGUUUUAGAGGAUCAUCAAACUAUAGAAUUAAUUGAUCACAAGUUUCUGGUUGUUGGACACACGCAUAUGGAAUGUGACACGGUUCAUUCCCAAAUAGAAAAAAAGAAGAAAAAAUUUGUGAAUUCCAUACAUCACCCACAUGACUGGGCUACUUUAAUAGUAACUACAAAUCACAAAUACAAUGCAAUCGAGAUGGUUCAAGAUCAAUACUUUGACUUCGGUAGCCUAUUAAAGAACAAAUACACGUGGAGAAAUACUAAUACAUUAGGUGACAAAUUUGAAUGGAAGCUAAUACGUUGGAUGCGAUAUGAGAAAUCUAAGUCUGGAAUUUUACAGUACAAGCUAUCUUUACAGCCGGACGAGGACUUCAAGGAACUAGACAUAACACAGCAGCGACGGAAAAUAACAAAUUUCGAAUUAAAGAAAUGUUAUUCUGCUCCUUUGCCAAUAUCUUGUAAUAAAAAACCUGAUUUACAGUCCGUUCUGCCAUUUAUAAAUGCAGAGUUUCAUAAUUUUUACAAUAACUUGCACGUUGAAGGUGAAGAACAAUUGGAAGAUGAUUGGGAUAUUGACGAAUAUGAUUAGCUGUAGAGUGAAUUAUUCUUUAUUUCUUCUGAAUUAUAAAAAUUAAAGCAAUUUAAUAUAA